GUGCUCGUGCCUUGAAUGGUUAACCCACCUCUCCCGGGCGGAGGAAGGAAGGUUCGAGAACUUGUCUUGGACAACUGCAAAUCAAAUGAUGGAAAAAUUGAAGGCCUAACAGCUGAAUUUGUGAACUUAGAGUUCCUCAGUUUAAUAAGUGUGAACUUGAUUGCAGUUUCAAAUCUCCCCAAGCUACCUAAAUUGAAAAAGCUUGAGCUCAGUGAAAAUAGAAUCAUGGGAGGUCUGGACAUGUUACCAGAAAAACUUCCAAAUCUCACGCAUCUAAACUUAAGUGGAAAUAAACUGAAAGAUAUCAGUACCUUGGAACCUUUGAAAAAGUUAGAUUGUCUGAAAAGCCUGGAUCUGUUUAACUGUGAGGUCACUAACUUAAAUGACUACCGAGAGAGUGUCUUCAAGCUCCUGCCCCAGCUGACCUAUCUGGAUGGCUAUGACAGAGAUGACCGGGAAGCCCCAGACUCAGAUGCAGAAGUAGAUGGUGUGGAUGAAGAAGAGGAGGAUGAAGAAGGAGAAGAUGAGGAGGAUGAGGAAGAUGAAGAUGGUGAGGAGGAAGACUUUGAUGAAGAAGAGGAUGAAGAUGAAGACGAAGAUAUAGAAGGGGAAGAAGAUGAAGAUGAAGUCAGCGGUGAGGAAGAAGAAUUUGGACAUGAUGGAGAAGUUGAUGAAGAUGAAGAAGAUGAGGAUGAGGAUGAGGAGGAAGAUGAGGAAGAAAGUGGGAAAGGUGAAAAGAGGAAGAGAGAGACAGAUGAUGAAGGAGAAGAUGAUUAAGACCCUGAAUAACCUGCAAAACCAGAACUGUUCAGUAUUGGUUGGACUGCUCAUGGAUUUGGUAGCUGUUAAAAAAAAAAGGUAGCUGUGAUACAAACCCCAGGACUCCCACCCACCCAAAGAGCCAAAGAAUAGUUCCUGUGACAUUCCACCUUCCUCUCUUUAGUCCCUCUUGGUCAUCUACCAAGCUUGGGGACUUGGCCCCAACAAAAUUGUAAGCGUUGUUAGGUUUUUGUGUAAGACUCUUGCUGUAGUGUGGAUAGCUGUGAUUGGUGAGUCAGCCCUCUGUGGCAACCAGUUACACCAAGAUUGUAACAGCAUUUUUACUUUCUGUACAACAAAAAAAGCUUUGUAAAUAAAAUCUUAACAUUUUGGGUC